CGUAACCGACGUAACUUUUUGGCUUCAUCGGUGAAGCUACGCAAACAAACGGGCAAAGAGGCGUGUUGAACUCUAGGUAUCUGACUGUGGGGCGAUUUAUUUUCCAAAUGCGGCGCCGAUUUAAUAAAAGGUGCGGAGGGAAACGGUUUAUUAUGUGACUCAGAGAAGCAGCUUGGCUUGUAGCGGUAGCUUAAACUAGUCGGUAGCUAGAAUGCUAAUGUCCACCCCGGGCUAAUAGCAGGAGCCGCUGUUAGCUAACGGAAACGGUAUGUCCGCUGAGCCAGCGGCUGCCAGCUGGAGUAGAAGCUGCCGCUUCUUUCGCCUUAUUUACUACGCAUACAAGUUGUGAAUGGCCAAAUAUCCUAUUAGGGUUCUGGUUUAAUUAAUUUGAAAAACUGAAAACUAAUUUUCUACGCCAUUCUUUUACUGACACACUGGUGGAAUAAUACAAUUAUUCCAGAAUGGGAAUGUGCUUACAGUGCCUUGGUGGAGCUGCCGACGACGUUGUUGUCACCCCGGAUCCUGAGACGAGGAGACAACAAUUGGCUGAAGCCGCUGAGAAGAGACAAAAAGAGACGGCGUACAGGGGUGUCAAAAAUCCAGAAGCAGUUGAAAGGAAAAGAAAGAAACAGGAAGAAAUUGAGAAGCAGGCGAUGACCCCAUCUGUGUCUGGUGGCGGUGGACUGAAGUGGCAGGUUGGAUGAAGUUCCUGAUGGAGAAGUUGGACUUAAAAUGUCCAAAUCCACAUGAAGUCUGUCUGCUGGAUUACUUGAAAAAGUUGGAACUGCUGCCCGAUUGAAAUUUUUUUUUUGUGCUUGAUUUUAUGUUACAAACAUUUGAUUGUCAUCACAUCAGGCAGAAAAUGAAACCAUAUUUGCCAAGUUAUAAAUAACAGGUUAGGACAUUUGAACAGGUUGAGGAUGACACAUUAUGUUCAAACCUCUGAUUAAACAUGACUAUAUUAGCAAUAUAACAAUAUAUGUGAUUAAACAGGGCUCAUUAUUUGAAAAAUGUCUUUUAAAGAAAAUGAGUCAUCAGUUUUAGAAGUCGUAGCCGUUUAUUUUUUGUAAUUUUCUUCUGUAAUUAAUAUGUUUUUUCCCCUCAGUACUGAAGCAGAUUUAGGUCAGAGCUUCUUGGUAACAUAGUAACUUAUGCAAACGUGACAGUUUAAAAGCUGAACUAUGUGUGCUUGGUGACUUGGGUAUGUUGAUGACCUUCACAGUGGCCACUGGCAAACAUCACCUUUCUUUUAAGGAACACAAUUAACGAUGUGAUGGACUUUAAAAACUUUUUGUACUGGAUUGUUUAAGGUGGUGGGGGACAAACAUGUUUUCAACUCUGCUCUGCUGAUGACAUGAUUUAGUUGCCACUUCGGUUAUUCUGCUGACCACACUCUCAGCCUCUAUCUGAUAAUAUGCAUCAAUGAUAAACAGGCCGAAAUAUUUUCCAGACCAGACUUGCCCUCAUCACCCUUGUGCAUGUGACCGACGGCACUUUAUCAACCAGUCAUAAUCCUGCUCUAUUGCACUGGUUGAAUUUCUUCAUUUGAAUUUAACUAUAAAGCACUAAUAUGAUUUGGUUUGAUUUAAAAACUAGUAUUACUGUUUGUUGAAUGGAUAUGCCACAACUCAUAAUUCAUUAGUAAUUUAUUUUCUUUCCUGUCUGUCACAGUUUUUUGGAGACUGCAGCUUUGCCUUUGUACUCUCACAUACGGUGCUGGAUGACAAUGUAGUGAAUAUUCUUCAAAGUGCUUAAAUUAACUAAGAUCUUUUCUUAAAGCUGCCUGAUCCUCAAAAGCUUCUGGUGCUCUUGCCAUUUUGUAGGACAAUGUAUAGCCAAUGGUAUUGCUACAGUUAAUAAAGCACAUUUCUGUUAUGUA